AUGCAGAAAGCGGGGAUGGGGAACCGCGAUGUCAAUGUCAGAGACGCGGAGAGCAUCGCUUCUUAUGCUGUCAAAUUCGAUAUAUUAGGCCUUGUCCAAACACAGAGCACGGAAGUGAUCGGAAUAAAGGAAAUCCAUUUUGAGGAGCCCUGUUUGGACAGCGCAAUAUUGUAUGUCGAGCUAGAGAGCGAUGGGUGCAGAACAUUGUGCUGGUUGGAAUUUGGAGAUUUCAACACGCUCAGAAAAGCAGACGACGUUCUGAAAACUUUUAACCCUUCGUUCUCCAACAGAACGAAUGUGAUCAAAGUGCGCAGUGUUGAAUACGCGAAUGGCCUAUUCGAUAUAACAAAAUUACACGUUGAGCUGGACGUCAAAGGGAAAUUGGAAAUUUGCUGGCUGGACUACAAGGAUUUCGAAAGGAUCAGUGGAGCAAGAAAGGCCCUUGCGGAAUUUCGCGGGAAGUCUGUCACUUCGCCAUCCAUGUAA